AUGAGCCAAAGAAAUGCAUCCUCCACAUCCAUCAUCGAAACGGUAGCCGGACUCACGGCCGGAGUCGUCUCGACACUGACUCUGCACCCGCUGGAUCUGAUCAAGACUCGACUUCAAAUCGACCGUCUCACCCGCCACCGCGUCGGCAGCUCCCUACGCAUAUUCAGCGAAAUAUACCGCACCGAAGGCGGCAUACGAGCUCUGUAUCGAGGACUAACGCCAAACAUAAUCGGAAACUCGACGAGUUGGAGCCUUUAUUUUUUAUUUUAUGGGAAUAUAAAGGAGGCGAUUGCCCGGAACAGAAACAAAAUUGAAGAUAGCAAUGGGGAGGGAGACAAAUUGAGCGCAUCAGAGUACUUUCUCGCCUCGGGGGCUGCUGGCGCCGCAACAUCAAUCCUCACAAACCCAAUCUGGGUAAUAAAAACCCGCAUGCUCUCGACGGGCUCCCACACCCCCGGGGCAUACCAAUCCUUCGUCUCAGGCGCAACCCAAAUCUUGCGCACGGAGGGCAUCCCAGGUUUUUAUAGGGGUCUCAUCCCGGCUCUGUUCGGGGUGAGUCAUGGCGCGUUCCAAUUUAUGGCUUAUGAGAAGUUGAAGAGCUACCGGCUUCGACUGGGUGCCGCCAGCGAUGGGAGCGGUAGCAAUACUGAAGGAAGGAGGGGAGGAGGAGAAGGGAGCGGGAAGUUUGGAAAUGUAGAGCUUCUCCUGAUAUCGGGUCUAUCAAAGACAUUCGCGGGCUGUAUUACAUAUCCUUACCAGGUUCUGCGGACCCGAUUACAGUUACAAGCUUAUAAUGCGGAUGCCCCCCAAAGAAGCGCAACGGCUAGAAGCGCAUAUCGCGGCGUAUGGGAUGCGACGAAGCAAAUAUGGACCCAAGAAGGUCUUUCGGGCUUUUAUAAGGGACUAGGACCGAGCCUGGUGCGUGUUUUGCCAAGCACGUGGGUUGUGUUUUUGGUUUAUGAGAAUACCAAGGCGGCUAUGUAUAGAAUCUGA